CCAGUUCAGUCGAUCGCGGACUGCCGACCCGACCGGUCAGGUUAGGUCGGAGGUUACUGUCUAUUACGUACUUGUUAUCUGUGAUCGGGUUUACCUUAUGGAUUUGUAUGUGUGAGUGUAUUGGUAGUGUGACUUAAGGGAUGAUUUUCGACCUAGGACUCUAGGCAGUUUCGUUGUUUCCUCGGGAGGCGCACCUCCCUUCCUCCGCCACCAUUAUUCUUCCUCACAACGCCCUCACGGUCUGCAGGCCGGGGGUCCUCUGUCCCGGGCCAACCCCCGAGUCUCUGGACCUCGGCUUCCCCCGGAGCAUGACCCUGGUGGCACCCCCGUGGCGGGAGCCUCCUCCCGUCCUUGGACAUCACGUGGUCACCCCCGCAGUCCCGGACGACUCCCUGGUCCCGGGGUCCGGUCUGAGAGAACUCCAAGUGUCUACGACCCCUGGCACUAACUCUACCCAGAGUGGCGGGUCUUCCCAGGGGGUGGACAAGAACCAAAACAUAGAGUGUGUCGUCUGCGGAGACAAGAGUAGUGGGAAACACUACGGACAGUUCACCUGUGAAGGCUGCAAGAGCUUCUUCAAGCGCAGUGUCAGGAGAAACCUCACCUACUCGUGUCGGGGCAGUAGAAAUUGCCCCAUAGACCAACACCAUAGAAACCAGUGCCAGUUUUGCCGGCUGAAAAAGUGCCUCAAGAUGGGCAUGCGGAGAGAAGAGUCUGGCCGGUCCUCCUUCUCUUUUGACCGUCCUUCCAUGCAAACGGUGCAGAGAGAGCGAGUCCCUGCGGCGGCUCUUCCUUGGUACCCUGGCGGUCAGUUCUCCUCCCUCACCAAUGGCGAGCUUGACGAAGCUGUCCAGAGAGGGCGAGUACCACCCUCCCAAGCCCCCGGUUUGCCCGGGCAGUUCUCGCUGACCAACGGCGAGUCCGCUGCUGCCGCUGCCGCCGCGGCUGCUGCUGCUGGUCUCAACGGACAUUCCUACCUCAGCAGUUACAUCAGCCUGUUACUGCGUGCUGAGCCCUACCCAACAUCACGGUACGGCCAGUGUAUGCAGCCUAACAACAUCAUGGGCAUCGACAACAUCUGUGAACUCGCUGCCAGGCUGCUCUUCUCGGCUGUGGAGUGGGCUCGAAACAUACCUUUCUUUCCGGACCUCCAAGUGACGGACCAAGUGGCCUUGCUGAGACUGGUGUGGAGCGAGCUCUUCGUACUCAACGCCUCGCAGUGUUCCAUGCCUCUACAUGUCGCCCCGUUGCUGGCUGCCGCGGGUCUUCAUGCCUCCCCGAUGGCAGCGGACCGUGUCGUAGCCUUCAUGGACCACAUACGGAUAUUCCAGGAACAAGUGGAGAAGCUGAAGGCGUUACAUGUCGACUCGGCGGAAUACAGCUGUCUCAAAGCAAUCGUCCUCUUUACCACAGAUGCUUGCGGUCUCUCGGACGUCUCGCACAUAGAAAGCCUUCAGGAGAAGUCCCAGUGCGCCCUGGAAGAAUACUGUAGGACACAGUACCCCAACCAGCCCAUCAGGUUCGGAAAACUGCUGUUGCGCCUGCCUUCGCUGCGGACAGUCAGCAGCCAGGUGAUCGAACAGCUGUUCUUCGUGCGACUAGUCGGAAAAACGCCUAUAGAGACGCUGAUACGAGACAUGCUCUUAAGUGGUAGCAGCUUCAGCUGGCCUUACAUGAACUCGAUGUGACACAACUUCUGGCGCCAGCUCGCCACCACUUGAUAGACUGAGACUUUCGAUCGGAAGGACAGUUGACCGCCAGGGCAGUUGUCCGAUUGGACAGUUGAUCGAAAGUCCAGUUGUCCAAAUGUCAGUUGAUCGCUCGACACUUCAACGCACUGUUUUGUGCGGGUUGUUGAGACUAACGUUCAACUUGAGAUCCACACUCGGCUUCCACAGUACUUAUCUCGUACUUAAUGAACGGGUAUGACAUUGUUAUUAAUGUAUAACAUUGUUGCUUCAAUAAAGUAUACAAUAAACUACCUAAUUUCAUAAUGAUAAACAGUCUAAUAAUUCGAUGUACAUUACGAUCUAUUUUAACUGAUUGAAUACACAAUAUUACUACUGUAUUUAAGUUUGAUUUGAAAAUUUACGAUGUGGAUUUUCGGAAGCCGAAUUUUAUACCAACGUUUUGUUGAGAUCCGAUGUAGGUAAUGUUUUAACAGAUGUGAUAGUUUUAGACGAUAACUAGGCCUAAGUGUCUGUCUACCAUGUACAUAGCACUGUAUAUAUGUACUUUAGAGGCAGUGUACGCUAGACCGAAUCUGCAUUUUCUUUAGUUACUUGUUUAGUUUACAAGUUCUUCUUCUCUGUGCUCUAUUUGUUUUCUUUUUGUAGCUUUGUUUUUUCCAAAUUUUUGAAUUUUUGUGUUAAGAACUCAUGUUAGUGCUUACUUGCGUUUGAAUAAAAUUUAAUUUAAUAUUCAUCAAUAAAGUCUGAUCUGCCAAGAAGUUAAAUUUUGGGAUAAACAUUACAUUUAAAAUACUUUUGAUUCAGAAUUAAAUUACAGCAGUUUAAUACAAAGUUUAUAUUUGCAUUGAAACAUGACCACUGCACAAUGUUAAGUGACAAAGUUGAGAACAUAGAUAUUAUUGUUUGUCGACGUUUGUAAUUAAAAAAAAAAAAAAAUUGCAAAGACCAGAGCUACAAUCAGAGUUCGUAUAAAAUCGAACUGUUUUGUACAUUGCAUUAUAUCUUUGGCUUUAUUGUAGUUGUUAUUUUUUAUUUAUUGCUCAACUAUUGUGAAUAGCAAUAAUAUUAAGUCCACUGUCUGACAGAUUCCAAAGCAGUUUUUCUCAAUGUGGCGUUUGAUAUGUGUUUAUACUUUUUUUACAGGGGACUUUACUCCUAGACAUGAAAUUAGCUAUGAAUUUGAAUUAUCUAAUGCAAUAAUGUAUAAUUGUUAUUAUUCAAUGAUUUAAAUAUUUAUUAUAUUAGUAUUUUUAUAAAAACACAAAAGCAGUGCUGUUUUACUUAUUACUCUUGUGGAAGCAUAAGUACGUUUAAAUUUUUAUGGCAGAUACUUUGGAUUUUAGUCGAAAUGAUUUAUACAAUGCCUUAAAUUAUUCAAGUUUAUUUACCAAACGAAUGCAUUAUGAAAUAAUAUGAAAAACAUACACUAUGUAAUAGUUUAUUAUUUUUGUAAUGUAGUUCAGUCUGAAAAUAUUGUAGCAAAAGUUCAAGCUUUCAUAAUAGGUUAAUAGUAUUUGUAUCACUGUGUUUUAACAGUCCCUCGUUUAGAGAAUUUGUACAAUUAAACUGCUCGUUAAAGCAAGCAGGUAAAUACAACGAAAUAGUUUUGUUACGGUUAUCGACCAAUGCUGUUUAUAUUUUAACUAAAUAUAAAGUCUUGAGUUUAUAAUUUUGUUUUCAAAUGACCACAUUGAUUGAACAAAGUUGUUGUAUAAUUGUGAAAUCUUAGUGUAUAGAGUAUUAUAUACUGUAUAUUGUAUAGUUAAAAUUUCUUUUAUAAACCACCGAAUUUUCUUUGACGAAAUAUGUUUGUAAAUUCGACAAAUGUAUUUCCUAUGUACAGAUCAUUGAAUCGAAAACUGUGUAAAAUAAUUUCUAUGAAAGCCA